AUGCGUGGGGGUGUACCUCUUUCACCAAUUAGAAGGUUGGGUUUAUUAGCUAUACCAGUGAAAAGGUCAAAGAAAGAUUUUAACAAAAGUGCUACUGAUCGUGCAACUUCCAAAAUUCAAAAUAGAUCUCCUCUCUCGUUUUCUCCGUCUCAUCCACACUCUGUACUAACUCAGCAAACUCCUUUAACUCUUUUUCCUUCUUUUAGAAGUCCCCUCUCAGCCUUUACUUCUACUAAACAAAACUAUUCGAAGAGAACGGUCCAAAGCCCUGAAAAUUCUUCUACUAAAAGCUUUCGUAGCGAUCUAAACUUGAGCCCUAAUUACAGCACUCCUCCCGGUACUUGGAGGAAUUAUUCAACGACAAAAAGAAAAUCUUCUAACUCUUUUGGUUACGGCGGUCGUGAUCGUCGGGCUUUCGUGGGUACUAACAACCAAAGAACUCCUCUUUGCGGUAAUUCUCCUCGUUUUAAGACCCCCACGCGGAGUGAUAGGAGCACGUCAUACUUUAAGCCGUCCAUGUUGGAAGAUCCUUGGAGUAGUCUAAAGUCAAGAGCUUUCAAUAGUGAUUCUUUUUCCUCUGAUAAUCUUGAAGGCUCCAGUGACGUCAACUCUAGCCUUGAUUAUUCGUUUGGGGGCAACCCCGAAGAAAUUGAUUUGUUCGAUUAAAUUUAAUUUGAUGCCAGUAAAUUGUCUUUCGUGGGAAGCUUAAGUACCUGUUUCUUUUAAAAUCUGUUUCACG